CACAGGGAGCCAGCAGAGACAGAGGAGGUGUAGUGCAUCGGUGCAUGGCUGGGCAGAGUGUAAAGGACCACACCAGGAGACCAGGGAGUGUACCAACCCAUCUUGUGGUGGUGGGGGUAACUGGGGCAGCUGGAACCACUGGAGUCUGUGCAGUAAGACGUGUGACUCAGGGUGGCAGCGUCGCUUCAGGAUGUGUGAGGGGACAGGGAUACAGGGUUACCCCUGUGACGGCUCCGGAGAGGAGGUCCGCUCCUGCAACGACAAGAAGUGCCCCGCACCUCAUGAGAUCUGUAGAGAUGAGUACCUUGUAACCAUGACCUGGAAAAGAGCCUCGGCUGGAGAAACAGUCUACAACAAGUGUCCGACUAACGCCACUGGAUCUGCUAGUCGUCGUUGCUUGCUGGACGCUAAUGGAGUUGCUUACUGGGGUCCUCCGAGCUUCGCCAGAUGCGUCUCGAUGGAAUUCAGAUAUUUACAUUUAUCUUUGCGAGAGCAUCUUGCGAAGGGUCAGAGGACCCUGGCUGGAGAGGGCAUGUCUCAGGUCGUGAGGAAUCUCCUGGAGCUCUUACAGAGGAGGAGCUACUACAGCGGUGACCUCCUGUUCUCCACGGAGAUUCUCCGAAAUGUGACGGACACCUUCAAGAGAGCAACCUACAUCCCAGCUCCCGACGACACACAGAAAUUCUUCCAGGUAGUCAGCUAUAUGUUGGACAUGGAAAACCUUGAGAAGUGGGAAGACGCUCAUCAGGUUUCUCCUGGUACGGCCCAUCUCAUGCGUAUCUUGGAGGACUUCAUCCAUCUGAUUGGAGAGGAUCAGAAACCCUUCCAGAGUUUCCUGGUGGUCACCAACAACCUCAUGAUUACAAUACAGCGAGAGCCCGUGACAGCGGUCUCCAGUGACAUCAACUUCCCCAUGAAGGGCAGGAGGGGAAUGAAGGACUGGGCUCGUUCCGCCGAAGACAAACUCUACAUCCCCAAAGAGGUCUUCACCCUAACCUCUGAAGAAACAGAAACGGAGACCUCGUAUUUUGUCAUCGGAGCCAUCCUUUAUCGAACCUUAGGAGUCAUCCUUCCUGCCCCCAAAGCCCCUGCUGUGAUCAACUCUAAGAUUCUGACGGUGACGGUCCGACCAGAACCCAAACCCAGUGAACCCAUGGUGGUUGUGGAGCUGUCCCCACUGCUUAAUGGCACAUCAGAUCCUCAGUGUGUUGUCUGGGACUAUGGGAACCUGGAAGCUGGUGCUGAGAACUGGGACACAGAGGGCUGCCAAACGCUCACUUCUGCCGCUGUCCAUACCAAAUGCCUUUGCAGCAGGAUCUCCACCUAUGCCAUACUAGCGCAGCAAGCUAAAGACCCGGACAUGGGUCCAUCCAGUAUGCCUUCUGUUCCCCUCCUGGUGGGCUGUGGGGUCUCCUGCAGUGCUCUGCUCAUCCUGCUGCUCAUCUAUGCUGCUUUCUGGAGGUAUAUUCGUUCGGAAAGGUCUAUCAUCUUGGUUAAUUUCUGUCUCUCCAUCCUGGCAUCCAACAUGUUGAUACUGGUUGGACAGUCCCAGACACUCGGCAAGGGCCUGUGUACUGUGACUGCUGCGUUCCUUCAUUUCUUCUUCUUGGCAUCCUUCUGCUGGGUACUGACAGAGGCGUGGCAGUCUUACCUGGCUGUGAUUGGCAAGAUGAGGACACGCCUCAUACGUAAACGCUUCCUGUGCCUGGGCUGGGGUCUCCCAGCCCUGGUGGUUGCUGUGUCAGUAGGUUUCACUCGAACCAGAGGUUACGGUACACCCAGCUAUUGCUGGCUGUCCUUGGAAGGCGGGCUUCUCUACGCAUUUGUGGGACCUGCAGCUGUCAUCGUAUUGAUGAACAUGCUGAUCGGUAUUGUGGUCUUCAACAAGCUCAUGUCUCGAGAUGGCAUCUCUGACAAGUCUAAAAAGCAGAGAGCUGGGGCGUCCCUGUGGAGUUCCUGUGUAGUUCUCCCUCUGCUGGCUCUGACCUGGAUGUCUGCUGUGUUGGCCAUCACUGACCGCCGCUCCACACUGUUCCAGGUUCUGUUUGCUGUCUUUGACUCUGUCCAGGGUUUCGUCAUCAUUACUGUCCACUGUGCCAUGCGCCGCGAGGUUCAAGACGCAGUGCGCUGUCGGAUGGGGGGAUGUAAAGACGACAGUGAGAACUCACCGGACUCAUGCAAGAACGGACAGUCGGACUUUGAAAAAGAUGUGGACCUGGCAUGUCAAACAGUCAUCUUCAAGGAAGUUAACACCUGUAACCCAGCAACCAUCACCGGGACCCUCUCCCGUAUCUCCCUUGAUGAAGAGGAUGACCCCAAGCUGGCGGCCCACCAGGAGGGGGGCCUAGGGGUCAACUUCAGCUCCCUCCCUGGAAACAUCCCACCUCCCAACCUACUCGUCCAGGUGCCCCCGCUAGGUGUUCUGAACGAGCUAAGUGACACCACUGUGAAAAAGGAGGUGAACGUGGAGCAGCAGAUGCACCAGGGGAACCCCAGGAACACGGCGCCUGUCUACCUGUGCACUGAGAGCGGGAUGGGCUGGUCUCGACCGCCCCCUCUUCCCAACACUCUGGAUGGACCUUGUGGGGGAGGGGAGGGGGACUAUAUGGUGUUACCCCGUAGGACGGUCAGUUUAAAACCCCCUCUGCCCCCAGGUCUGGGUCUGGGGCUGGGGGGCGAGGACAAGCCGCUAAACAUCGCAGUGGACGACCCGCCCUUCCCCCCGCCCCCAUCGCCCAUGACCCUCCACCCGGCAGAGAGUGAGGCCUACCCAGCUGACUUCAUCUCCCCCGGUGACCACAACAUGAACAUCGGCAUGAACAUGAACCGCUCUUACGGGACGCUCAAGCAGCUCCCCGUGCACGGGAGUCAAGGUCCCCAGGGCCACAUGCACGCUCCGGGCGUCCACGUGCAUGGGGGCCACAUGCAUGACUACGGGCACUCGCUGAAGCCUGGCCAGAGGCCAUCGGUGAGGCAGAUUCUAACAGGAGGGGGAGGCGCGGUGGAGCGCAACCGGACCCUGCCACGCAACCUGGGCAGCACCAACACUAACCCCAGCCUCUCCGCUGGCUCCCUGGAGGACAAGUCGACCCCGACCCAAGACGACCAGCACUCCUGGGACAGCUUCAAGACCAUGACCCCUGAGCUAUCCAUCGUGCCGGGGGAGCACAAGGACAGGAUGGAGCUGCACAACAAGAACACCUGGGACUCCUCGUCUGCCAACACACCUGACACGUCUGAGGGGGACUUCCAGACCGAAGUGUGAUGAGACAGAGAAACACACACACACACACAUACAGAAACACAAACAAACACAAUGAAACACACACACACA